GGCUCGCAGCCUGGCGCGGGGAGCGCGCCGGGUGGGGUGCGCCCGGGGCUGCACGGGGCAGCAUGGCGGCCCCUAAUGCAGCCCCCGCCGGCGCGGCGGGGCUGGUGGUGUGGCCGCCGGGGGACUGCUUCCGACUGGUCAGACUAUUGGAGGCGCGCUGCUUGGCGGCCACUGCGGCCACAUGCAGGUCUACUUCUGCGCAGCUCCAGGGUGCACUGUCUGGCGGCGCUCGAGCCAUUGAGGGCGGGUCGACGGCGCAGCGGUCGCGCACGAUGCUGGAGGCGCAGCAGGCGCUGGCGGACCUCGACGGCGCGCUGGGGGAGGCGGAGGCCCUGCGGGCGCCCCCGGCGGGCCUCGGCCCGCGCGCCGCGGAGCCGCCGCCGCUGAGGUGGCAAUCUGCCUGGGAGAACCUGCAGCUCCUGGAGGAGUCCCUGCACACCGAGAUGCGAUACGUGUACGGCCCAGACUGGGAGAUGAAGCCGGGCAAGCUCGUCUCGUUGAAGGGCACCUGGCUGAAGACCAACACGCGCUUCUCGUGGGAGCUGUCAGGCGUGCAGAAGCUCUACCUGCCCCAGGGCGUGAUCAUGCCCGUCAUGCAGAUCGGCAGGGUCGCCGACCGGAGAGAGCUGCAGCGCCACGAGUGGGUGUCCCAGCACCUGCGGGUGUGGAUGAGGCCCCCGAUCAUCCGCACGCUGGAGUCCCGCUGCGACGUCUGGUUCGUGUACUGGCCGCACUGGCAGGAUCAAGGCGUGGCGAUCGUGCCCACCAUGGACACGUGGCUGAAGCGGUCCACGCAGAUGAGCGGGGAGCUGCAGCCGUUCGAGCUCGUCUACGUGCCGCGGGGCCUCGCCGUCCGCCUGGCCUGCGCGCCCGAGCCGGUGGAGGAGG